AACACCACAAAGUCACUCUGGAGUGAAGGGAGGCUGGAUCGACGAGAGUCAGUGCGAAGCAUUCAUCAGCUGUGCGCUCGGAGUCUCAGGUUGUGCUGUAAGCCGUUGAUAGACAGACGAAUUAUUCAUUGACGCGAGGGGAAACCACAUUUUGCAUGCGGCGUUAUCGAUUCUGCGACCCAGAGACGACGGAAAGACUGAAGGAAUAAAGUUUGGCGAGCGCAAAGCGCAGCGCACAGUUCUGUUGGAGUUGAAUGUGUGAGCCCAGUCCACCUGCUCUUCAUCCCCACACCAAGGGCAAUGUGACCAUGGUGGGUGUUGGUAUCAAGCUUGAAGACGACGUAUCGGGAGGUAGAGUCAUCAACCGAGAAUCCCAGCAGUCCUCUCCAGUCAGUGAUUGGUCAGUUCGGCAGCUGUCGGACAGAGAAGACUCUGAGAAGUCAGCACCCCCUAAUGUACAGUCUCCUUUGGAGAGUUCUCCCAGUAAAGAACCAAUACGAUCAUACAGUCAAGAUGGAGGCAGCAGACCUCAUGAUAAAACUGACAACAGGUCUAAUGUCAGUGAGGUGAUGCCAACUAUUGAAAAACUUCUGAAUACGGACUGGAAAGAAAAGUUCUUUGGGAAGGGUCUUCAGGGCAGUGUAAACCUAAAAGGAACCCCAGAGAGUCUGGCAGAGAAAGAGCUUCAGUUGUUGUUGAUGAUAAACCAGCUCUCUGGUCUGCGAGAGCAGCUGCUAGGAGCUCAUUCUGAGCAGAGAAACAUGGCCGCUCUGCUGCUGGAGAAACAGCAGCAACAGAUGGAACUGGCAAGGCAGCAGCAAGAACAGAUCGCCAAGCAGCAGCAGCAGUUGAUACAGCAGCAACAUAAAAUCAACUUACUGCAGCAACAAAUUCAGCAGGUGAACAUGCCGUAUGUUAUGAUCCCUGCCUUUCAUCCCAAUGCCCAACCGUUGCCCGUCACCUCUGAUGCCCAGAUGGGAUUGCCUCGGCAUCCCAUUCCCUGCAAACCAGUGGAAUAUCCCUUGCCGUUGCUGCCCAAUCCACACUCCACCCCAGUCAAAAGGUCCAGUGGUACAGUCUUUCGCCAGGAUUCCAGUCAACCUCUUAACCUCACGGCUAAACCCAAGACCCCAAGUCCCCAGGCACUGGAAAUGGCCCACUUGCAAGCAGGGUACCGAGCCAGGGACCUGCCCCAUAGCCCUAAUCGAUCUGCCCUCAGCCUGAGCUUCUUGGGAGAGGGUGAUGUUGUGACACAAGCCAUUCAUGAUGCCCAGCAGCUGUUGCGUGGAGGGCAAGGCCCGACGGGCCGAGAGAGGGACAACAACGCAAGGCUGGAGGCGUCUCGAGAGCGGAUGGAUGAUGGACAGUCUCUGCGGAUGAAUGAGGACCGUCUCAGCUGUGACACUGAGGGGCAGUUGGCAGCCUCUGGUUUGGGAAGCUUUGGUGAAUCCCGGAGUCCCUCCUCUGGCCACAUCAAACGUCCCAUGAACGCCUUUAUGGUCUGGGCCAAAGACGAAAGAAGGCGUAUCCUGCAGGCGUUCCCUGACAUGCACAACUCCAGUAUCAGCAAGAUCCUUGGUUCCCGAUGGAAGACCAUGUCCAAUCAGGAGAAGCAGCCGUACUAUGAAGAGCAGGCCAGAUUGAGUCGGCAGCACCUGGAACGUUACCCAGACUACAAAUACAAACCCCGGCCGAAGCGGACCUGUAUCGUAGAGGGCAGACGACUGCGGGUCGGAGAGUACAAGGCCAUGAUGAAGAGUCGACGACAGGAGCAACGAGUAACUUACCCUCCAAGCCAAUCAGAGCAGCAGCUACCGUACCCUUCCAGUGAAGGACAGUACUCAACCAAGCCGGUGUCACUGGCCCCAUUGCCCAUGCACCCUGCCCUCCUGGAGCACUACCUCCCCAGGGGUCUGGAGCCCAUGAAAGACCAAGAGAGUGAGAUGCGGGAGGCCACGCGGCCCAGACAGCCCUACAGCGAAGGGGAGGAGAGUGAUGCGGGUGAACGCAGUGAGGGAGAGCUGGUUGUCCUCACUGAUUGAGAUAGAAGGAGGAAAGGAUUGGAGGACAGAAAGGGUGGAAAACACGAAAGAGGGGGGAGAUGGAGAAAAUAACUGGGAGAUUUUACAGUCUCUACCUAUAACAUGAUGGUGUUCAAUACAUGGUAUAGGUCAGUGUUUUCCAGUCCAUUUGUGAGGCUGUCCUUGCAAACCUGCCAGAUCGGUCACAUGGUUCUACAGAGUUGGUUAGGAAGGCAGCAGACAUGAUAAACGAAGCAUAGAUCUUCAUUUUUCUGAUUUUUCCAGUGGUGUAAGCCUAAACAGGAUACAGGAUAGGUCUUACAUACUGACCACAGCUUGAAAAAAGCAAGACUUUUUCAAUCUGCAAUAUUCAUUGUGAGACUGCACAUCUCGAGCGUUUUGAAGGCACUGUGAAGCUGGUGUGCAGAAUUGUUUUACAAAUCAUCAAAUGUCUUGAAGUAAAUGCUACCUGCAAAGUGGAUUAGAAAUUGCACAAGAAUCGGCUUUUCUAGAAGGGGUACAGAUAAGUAUAUUCCCUUUUGGCGUAUCUAAAAAAAGAUCUGCAUUUGACAUCAUGUCAAAUGAUUGGCAAUAAUAAGAAGGAACAGUUCAUCUGAAAAAUGAAAAAAGGAGAUUAGGGUGGGUAAACAAUGAAAAUCUUUAUUUUUUUUGAUGAAAUAUUUCUUUAAAUAGUCCAUGCACUGAGAGCUCUGAAUCAUUUUUCCAUAAAAAAAGCGAAAGCCUCUUUGUUAUAAUGCUUCUUGAUGUCACCAGGGUUUUCCUGCAAAAGUUCCUGUUAAGACUGUGCCAAGGUACUUUCCAGAGCUCAAGGGCUGAGCAAAAAAAAAAAAAAAAAGCAAGCAAGUUAACAUGGAAAAAGGAAGGAACCUUCCUGAGCUCCUUGUCCAGUUUAUUAUAUCAGAUAAUGACUAGUAGAGGCUGUUCUGUUACGAGAUUUAAGCAGCCUGGCCCUGUAAAGAUUUGCUCAAGGCAGAGAAGACUGUAGUCGUUCUUCAGGUUAAUGGCCUCCUCUGCUGUUUGAAUCUGGGCACUGCACUUAAAAUAUUUCCCCAGAUUGAAGUCAUUUUUUUGUUUUUUUGAUUUAGUGCAAAAUAAUCUUUUGAAAUGCACUUUUCCCAUCUAUAUAUUUUUUUCAGACCCUCAUGAUUCAGAACAAUUUUUUUUUCAGGGUAGAAUUUUGCACUUGAUGUACAUAUGCAAAUCAUUUCUACUAUCCAUUUUGUGAAAGGAGAUGUGAAUAAUGCCCUUCCCUCAAAUUACACUCAUUUUUAACAGUUUGGUUUACUUUUCUAUUUUAGUGUGUGUGUUUAGUGUGAGCUUGUGCUGACGAAAAUAACGGAGUUAUCAUUCCAGCAGUUCUUAUGACCGGGUCCAUAUUAUUGGGCUGCUAGUCAAUUUACAGUUGAUCUGAAAUGUAAACAUUUUGUUAAAAAUGAUAAACUUCUAUAUUUUAAUGAGGAGAUUUUAGAAGAUAUUUACCAGUGGACUGUUGUUAUAAACCUAACACGUUAAAGGAAAUUAUGUCAUGUAUAUAGCUGGAUACAGAAAUAUACGGUUUGUAUUUUAUCUGUAGAAUGAACCUGAGGGAGGAAAAAUAUGAUUCGCAAUCUGGACAACUGUUGCAAAACCAGCUGUUGUAAAAUAUAGAGAUAGACUUUAUUUUGUUUAUAAAAGUGUAUAAUUUAAAGGUGUACAUGUUUUUUUUUUCUUGUAUGUUGCAUUUCUCCAAGCAAGUUUUGUGGUUUGUUUUUGAAGCAUAAAUAAAAAAAUGUUAUGUUUA